AUGAUACACCUUAGUCGAUACGAGGAAUGCGCCCAGCGCGUGGGAUAUAUUGAAGCUACGUUUGAUCGCGAGGAAUGGUUUUCGUCAGAAGGCUUCGACAACUUUAUGGGGGCCUACAAACAACACGAACCAGAACCAAUCAGCUCGGAGGAAGCUCAACAGCUGGUGAAAGACGAUCUAUACAGAUAUGAAAAGUCGGCACGGAUGCCUGUGUUUCCGCUACGUGGAACAAUGCAGAAACUGCCACGUCUGCACCAGUCAGCUCUCCAGAGUUUUGACUUUGAGGCCCUCAAGAAGUACGGCAAGGACAGCGUCACGCAAAAAAACCACCCUAUUUUAUGGACAAUCCACCGUCCCCCCCACAUCACAUGGGAGGACUACCGAGAAUACAACAGGAUAGCCGUUCCCUUUGUCAGCCUUCCCGAUGAAAUUCUGCUGCUGAUCUGGACAAAGACCAACUACGCCACCUGGAUGGUCCUGCGCCAGACGUGCAAACGGUUCCAUGACUUUUUUGUGUCGGACCAGCCCGCCGCCAGACCAUCCACAGCGGGUCCGCUCUCGCGAAUGGACGGCCGCAUGGUCCUGCCCCUGCACGCCAUGCCACCAAAGAACCCGCGCAUCACAGAACCUUAUUUGGAAUGCCUGCGGCGCAGCAUGACGGGCUACUGUGGACCCUGUGCAUCGCUGCGACAUUACCUGGCACAACGUGUCAAGGCACGGGUGGACGCGCUUGUCAUGCUACAAGAUAUUCACAGAGUGCAGACGCUAGACUUGGUGCCUCGUACAAAGAAAGAGUGGAGAGAGCGGCGCAUGGCCCGCCUUCCCUACACAACCGUCGAAGAGUAUCUGGCCGAUCCGGAGGUGGAAGGACCCAAGACACUGUUUUGUGGAUUCUGUCGAGACAGACACCCCACGAUGUUCUUUACCCACGCACAGCGGCAUGGUUUGAGAGACGACGGGCACCCUCAUGGCGCACCCACAAAAGUGCCUGCCCGUAAACGGCACUGCAUUGGCGCCGAGGGUAUGGUGGGCAUGUGCCAACAUAUGUGGGCAGGUCCGCUGGGGCGGGUCUUGGGCUCACCCGGUAUGCCGGGGCUUAUUGAUGCCUGUACCGUCCCCGUCGAGUCCCAUUACGCACCGGUACUGCUCCGGACACGCGACAACAAACACCGGCCUCACCUGCUACCUACAGAUGCGAGCCCGUGUGCUCCUCAUGGUGUAGGCCCCAUAUUCCUGGUGACACCCCAGCGUGAAGUGCUGCAAUGUUGGGCUAUUCCCAUUCUUCAGAUUCAGACGCAUGCAGCUGACGAUGGCGAAAGAGUGCGGAUGCCGCCAUGGAAACACGACUUGAUUGAGGGGUUGGAGCGCAACUACGAGUUUCUUGAAGAGCUCAUGUGCGGCCACAUUGCCCCCAACGACCCUCGACUCAUGAUGCCCUUUGAAUCGGGACAAUGCAUCUGCUUCGAGAAUCGACAAGACAUGGCAUACGCGGCGGGGUUCUUCGGCGACCGCAUCAACUGCGCCGCCAACUUGGACGGCCAGGUCGACGCUACUGUCCGCGCCGUCCACUUCAUGCGCAACGGCACUGUUCACCGUUUUGCGUGUCCGCAUUGCCCGGCCAUAUACUCUUGGGCCAUGGACCAUGAGGCAGGUGCCAUUUUCUUUCAGUUUGCCAGCCAGACGGGGCCCAUCACCAAGCCCACCGACAGGCAAUGGCUGCAGUUGCUGCAUCCGGCGUGGCGUUUGCCUCGGGCAGGGGAGGACAUGAUGUUCAGAACCCACUGCACGGAUCGGUAUUGUCGGACAACGAUUGAGUGGGCGAAUCAUGCUGCAGGGUAA